ACACGCACACACCCACACCCACUCCCACCCCCCCACCCCCCCCCCCCCCACACACACACACACACACACACACACACACACACACACACACACACACACACACACACACACACACACACACACACACACACACACACACACACACACACACACACACACACACACACACACACACACACACACACACAUACAGAGCCACUUGGCCUUCCCAUUUAUGUUCAACUCUCCUCCCUCUAAACGGGUGCAUCACUUCAACACACACUCAGUUCUCCAGUCAAGGAAACUAAUUCAGAGAGAAAAGAAAAGCAUCUUGGAAAAUUAACAUCGUCUGAAGAGAGAGACUCGAAAAACUUUUUUUUUUCUUUUUUCCGUCCCGGUCUAAAUCUAGAGGACAACAUGCCACAGAAAGAUUAUAACAGUCGUACCAGCUGGGAGUCCAACCUGAUGCAAAACAAGAUUUAUCCUGUCUGCAAUGAAGGUCACAGUGGAGUCAACCAGUUGGGAGGUGUGUUUGUAAACGGCAGGCCUCUGCCAGACACCACCAGACAGAAGAUAGUGGAGCUGGCUCAUAGCGGGGCGCGCCCCUGCGACAUCUCCCGAAUCCUACAGGUGUCCAACGGCUGUGUGAGUAAGAUCCUGGGCCGCUACUACGAGACGGGCUCCAUCCGACCACGGGCCAUAGGGGGGAGUAAACCCAGAGUGGCGACCCAAUCGGUGGUGGGGAAGAUCGCCACGUACAAGAGGGAGUGUCCGUCUAUCUUCGCCUGGGAGAUCAGAGACCGCCUGCUGGCAGAAGGGGUCUGCACUAAUGAGAACAUACCGAGUGUGUCCUCCAUAAACCGCGUGCUAAGGAACCUGGCCAGCGAGAAGCAGCAGGUGGGGCCCCCUAGGGUGGACGGGAUGUUCGACAAGCUCAGGAUGCUCAGCGGUCAGACCAACUGGGGCGGGCGCCUGCCGUGGUACCCCGGGACCACCCUGCCCAUAAUCGUACAUGUCGAUAUAUGUGUAUCUGCUGCAGAGACGGAGGGGAGAGGAGCAGAGAACACCAACUCAAUACAUGCUAAUGCUGAAGACUCUGAGGAGACUCAGAUCAGACUGCAACUCAAGAGGAAGCUCCAAAGAAAUAGAACAUCGUUCACACAGGAACAAAUAGAGGCACUUGAGAAAGAAUUUGAAAGGACUCACUACCCAGAUGUGUUUGCCAGAGAACGACUUGCUGCCAAAAUAGACCUGCCAGAGGCGCGGAUACAGGUGUGGUUCUCAAAUAGAAGAGCCAAGUGGAGAAGGGACGAGAAGCUGAGGGCUCAACGUCGCCAGUUGUCCAUCUCCUCCAGUAACAUCCCCAUCAGCAGCAGCUUCAAUACCAGUGUUUACCAGCCUUUACCACAGCAUGCUGCACCAGUGAGCUUCGCAUCAGGACCUGUGUUGGGAAGAUCAGAAGCAGUUCUAUCCAACAGCUACAGCAUACCAACCUUGCCCAACUUCACAAUGGCAAGCAGCCUGCCUAUUCAGGCACCAAGUCAAACUUCGUAUUCCUGUAUGCUACCUACGAGCCCAACAGUAAAUGGAAGAAGUUACGAGCCCUAUACCAGCUCUCAUAUGCAGUCACAUGUCACCAGUCAACCCAUGACUACAACCACAUCAACAGGUCUUAUUUCCCCUGGAGUCUCGGUGCCAGUUCAGGUUCCAGGGAGUGAGGUAGACAUGCCCCAGUACUGGCCAUGCCUACAGUGAUGCCGUCCACAGGCCACACCCCUGUAAUCAUCAUGGACAUUUGACUUUGGUGAUGCUACUUCCAACGUCUUGUCGGGACAUUAUCAACAAGAACAAUGAGGAACGUUGCGUGAGGAACGACUUAAAAAUGUGCCAGCAGAACAGCAGAACAACAAGACUGAUGGUGGAAGCUGCAUUCCAUGUUACGUUCUCUGAAAGAACGAACAGAAAGGAUCUCAUGUAUUCAAGUGUUUGAAUGACUGAAUGAAAUUAAAGCUUUUACAACGGCAAGUGUCAGCAGCAGGUAUUGUUGUCCGGUGAAGUAAAGAAGGCCCACGAACCACAGGAUUUACUGAGGCGCAGUACAGAAGCAGUACAGGGUUGCAGUCGAAGAGCAUAACUGAAUAACCUCCUUUACUGGACAGCUGUUUUGCGUUCCUAAAACUAUCUUGAUGUCUUCUGUAUUUGUAACAGCUCUAAGUUUGUAACAUGUUGAUGGCUGAAAGAAAAAAUGAAUUGUUUGACACGUUUUCCAUGAGCAGAAGGAGACAGCAAAAAAGUGCCACACAAAAACGCUACACAGAAUAUGUACUGGAAAUCAUUGUUAUAUGUUUUGAUAUUGUAAAUAAAAUCUGCAAAAGAUAUUACUCGGCAGUGGCAUAGGCGGAGAUAGAAUUGAGAAAAUUCCCGAAUCACCUCUUGGUUAUACAAGACAGAAAGGCAAACACCUAGAAAUGAUUUCUCUUUGAAUGUUUACAGUAAGUAUAUAGUGAGUCUUUUGGGUAACCUGUUGAAAGGGCAUUUUGGAUUUUGGCAUUUUAAUAUCAAAGUAGAUGAUAAUUGAACUGCAUUUUAUGUACCAAAAAAGAAAUCCUCUCACAAAUUAAGUUUGGGGGCAAAAUAAAUCCAUAUUUGAACAUGCUGCCUCUAUGCACAGACUGACGACCUAAAACAUGCACCUUUUGUAGGUUUUAACUUGUCUUUUGUGGAUAUUUUGUGUAAGAUAUCCUUAACUUGAUUGCGAUAAUGUGAUGAACCAAUUAAAUGCCAAAAUAUUGAAA